AUGGACUCCAGACUUCAAACCGUCGGCGAGCAAAACGCUCUUUUCGCAGAUCCAUUUGCAGAACAGGCCAUCGGGUCACCACUUAAGAAAACCAAUACAAGCACAAGCUCCUCCUCACACCUAGACUCUCCAUUCGAUGAUUUUGCACAAGACUGGAAGACUACAACCCACGAGCGAGACAGUUGGGCAACACGUGAGAGACGACGUUCUACUGCGUUCGGAAAUAUCAGCAACUCUGCUUUCAUGGGCACUCACCACGAAGCCAAACAUGGUCGCAGCGGUAGUUCAUCACAACCACGAAAAGGAUCUGUUUUAAGCCUGUGGUCAGACUCGAAUGAUGAGGAACCUGAUGAUCUCCUAGUGAGAGUAUCGAGUAGAAAGUCCGAGGGGUCUGAGAGGGAAAGAAGAGGAAGUGUCUUGAGUUUAUUUCAUCGCAAGAAGGAUGAACAAGGAAAGGAUAUUAUCAAUUCCGAGGGACGAUAA